CGAAGCUUCGCGGGAAUGAUUAGUUUAAUCCGCGGUGGUGUCGUUAUUAAAUCUCCCCCCCGUCCUGGCGAUUUCUGCAACACUGGACCGUGCAACGGAGAGGACCCAGCGACUUGUUCUCGAAGUCAGAGGUACGCAGUUGAGAUGGGUCAGGGAAAACGACAGAAUUGUGAAGGCAUGGAAGCCAUCUCGAAGAAGUUGAAUGACCGCGAGGCGUCGUUCCCCGCUUGGGCGAGAGAUAUCGCUGAGUGUGAGAAGCACUACCGCACCAGCAGGGCCUCGGGGCUGAAGUCCGAGGAUGUCGAGAGGAGGCGCAAGCUGUACGGCCUCAACGAGCUGGACCACCAUGAGGGGGCCUCAAUCCUGAGCCUCAUCAUAGAGCAGUUCAAGGACACGCUAGUCCAGAUAUUGCUUGGUGCCGCGGUCGUCUCCUUUGUCCUCGCCUUGUAUGACAGCGAGGGAGGAGGUGGCAAAAAGGAGAUCACUGCGUUCGUGGAGCCGCUGGUAAUAUUCCUGAUCCUGAUCUUGAAUGCAACUGUCGGGGUGUGGCAGGAGAGCAAUGCCGAGAAGGCCCUGGAGGCGCUGAAGGAGAUUCAGUCUGAGCAGGCGACGGUAGUGCGAGAUGGGAAGAGGGUUCUGAAUUUGCCGGCGAGGGAGCUCGUGCCGGGUGAUAUUGUGGAGCUCAAGGUCGGAGACAAAGUGCCUGCAGAUAUGCGCGUCGUGGAGUUGAUUAGCUCCACGCUGCGAAUGGAGCAGGGCUCGCUGACCGGAGAGAGUGAGGCUGUGAACAAGACGAGCAAGGUUGUUGCGGAGGACGCCGACAUACAGGGAAAGAAAUGCAUGGUCUUUGCAGGGACGACUGUGGUGAACGGUAAUUGUAUCUGUUUGGUCACCCAGACUGGGAUGGAGACCGAGAUUGGGAAAGUGCACGAGCAAAUCCAAGUGGCGUCGCAGUGCGAGGAGGACACCCCAUUGAAGAAGAAACUGAACGAAUUUGGGGAGGUCUUGACGAUAAUAAUCGGCGUGAUUUGCGCAUUGGUCUGGCUUAUCAGUGUCAAGCACUUCCUAACCUGGGAGUACGUAGAUGGGUGGCCGAGGAAUUUCAGUUUCUCCUUCGAGAAGUCCACGUAUUACUUUGAGAUCGCUGUGGCAUUGGCUGUGGCUGCAAUUCCUGAAGGUCUGCCUGCUGUGAUCACGACUUGCCUGGCACUCGGGACGAGGAAGAUGGCACAGAAGAACGCCCUUGUUCGGAAGCUCCCGAGUGUCGAGACAUUGGGAUGCACCACGGUGAUCUGUUCAGAUAAGACUGGCACAUUGACCACUAACCAAAUGGCUGUGUCGAAGCUGGUUGCUGUUGGUUCGUCGUCUGAUAAGUUAAGGACCUUCAAGGUUGAAGGGACAACUUACAAUCCGUUUGAUGGAAAAAUUCACGACUGGCCGACUGGCCAAAUGGAUGCUAAUCUUCAAAUGAUAGCACAAAUUGCUGCCGUAUGCAACGAUGCUGGUGUUGCACAAUCGGAGCAUAAGUUCAUUUCCCAUGGAAUGCCCACCGAGGCUGCUUUGAAGGUCUUGGUCGAGAAAAUGGGCAUGCCCGAAGAGGCUUCUGAGAGCAACGAACUUCUGCGUAAGACACUUAUCGACCUACUUCAAUUCUCUGUUUCUUUGUCUAUUAUCAGAGAUCUUGUAGUAACUAAAAAUGUUUUGUUGUUUGCUUCUAAAGGUUGCUGCAAAUGGUGGAGCGAAUUUGAACGUCGAAUUGGGACACUGGAAUUCGACCGAGAUAGGAAGUCUAUGGGAGUUAUUGUGAAUUCCCGUUCUGGAAAAAAGUUGCUGCUUGUGAAGGGUGCUGUAGAAAGUAUAUUAGAGAGAAGCAGCAAAAUUCAAUUGCUCGAUGGCUCGGUUGUGGAACUGGAUCAGACGUCAAGAAACUCCAUCUUGAAAUCUCUUCACGAAAUGUCGACCGGCGCACUGCGCUGUCUGGCUUUUGCAUUCAGAGACGAGCUGCCCGAGUUCGAGGGCUAUGACGGUUCUGAAGAUCAUCCUGCUCAUAAACUUCUGCUCAAUCCAUCUAAUUAUUCAACAAUAGAGAGUGGAUUAGUUUUCACUGGCUUGGUGGGAUUGCGAGAUCCUCCCAGAGAAGAAGUCCAUCAAGCCAUUCAGGACUGCAGGGCAGCAGGAAUCCGCGUCAUGGUUAUCACUGGGGAUAACAAGAACACAGCGGAAGCGAUAUGUCGGGAGAUAGGAGUUUUCGCACACAAUGAGGACAUCAGCUUCAAAAGCUUGACAGGAAAGGAGUUCAUGAAUUUGCAGAACAAGAAGGAUCACCUGAGGCAAAGCGGAGGCCUCCUGUUCUCCAGGGCUGAGCCGAGGCACAAGCAAGAGAUAGUUCGGUUGCUUAAAGAAGAUGGUGAAGUCGUUGCUAUGACAGGUGAUGGAGUGAACGAUGCACCUGCCUUGAAACUGGCCGAUAUUGGCAUAGCAAUGGGCAUUGCCGGAACUGAGGUUGCAAAGGAAGCUUCCGACAUGGUCUUGUCCGAUGACAAUUUCAGCACAAUAGUCGCAGCUGUUGGUGAAGGAAGAUCUAUCUACAGUAAUAUGAAGGCCUUCAUCAGGUACAUGAUCUCUUCAAACAUCGGCGAGGUUGCUUCCAUCUUCUUGACAGCGGCUCUAGGAAUUCCUGAAGGUCUGAUACCUGUUCAGCUUCUGUGGGUCAAUCUUGUGACCGAUGGACCACCUGCGACUGCCUUGGGAUUCAAUCCUCCGGACAAGGACAUAAUGCAAAAGCCACCUCGCAAAAGCAACGAUUCUCUCAUCAGCCCAUGGAUUCUGUUCCGCUAUCUGGUCAUUGGGCUCUAUGUAGGGAUUGCAACGGUGGGUGUGUUUAUCAUCUGGUACACACAGGCCUCCUUCUUGGGCAUUGACCUUAGCAGCGAUGGACACACGCUAGUGUCGUACACUCAGCUUGCGAACUGGGGUCAGUGCUCGUCCUGGAAGAACUUCACCGUCGCGCCCUUCACUGCUGGGAACCAGGUCCUCACCUUCGACAGCGACCCAUGCAACUAUUUCCACGGAGGGAAAGUCAAGGCUACGACUUUGUCUCUCUCGGUGCUGGUCGCAAUCGAGAUGUUCAACUCUGUCAAUGCUCUCUCUGAGGACACGAGCCUGUUGGUUAUGCCCCCCUGGGUUAACCCGUGGCUCUUGUUGGCCAUGUGCGUCUCAUUCGGGCUUCACUUCCUGAUCUUAUACAUCCCUGUCCUCGCUCAGGUCUUUGGCAUCGUGCCUCUCAGCUUCAACGAGUGGCUUCUGGUACUCGUGGUCGCAUUUCCGGUGAUCCUUAUCGAUGAGGUUUUGAAGUUCAUUGGGAGGUGUAUGAACACAUGGAGCAGGCUUCAACGAUGCACCGGGCAAAUACCAGUGAAGCCAAAGACAGAGUGAGACAGCUUUGUUUUCAAGCCUCUAGCUCUCCAACUGUUACUGCUUAAUACGUCGACGAGAUGCCUGUAUAGCGGAUGUGCAAUAUGCAUCUCUUUCUGGGUCCUUCCUCUGACUUCCUGUAUCGCGGUUCUCUGGUGUUUUUGUUUCGCUUUGGAAUCUUACUAAUGAUGCAAUAUCGUACCACAUAGCUUCUGAUGUACUGGCCUUUUACCCAAAAAGUGAUCCUCCGCGCACUAUGAAAUAAAAACGUUAAUCAAAUUUUGGAGAUUA